CCCUAUGAUAUAACAUGAUGAUAAUAUAUUUUCUGUUUUCAGGCAUCGCUAGUUGCUCUGCUGUAAAUAAUUCUAUGCAAUUUAUGGUUUCAAAUAAAACUCAUCAUUUAUCGACAGAUGGUGUUCAAAUUUUGGAGCCUGUUCCUAUGCUAGAGUUUAAUAUAACAUUCGUUAAUGUCACUACGAACAGCACGAAUGGAUUAAUUUUCGGUGGAUGCGGAUUAUGUCAGCAAAUGAUAGGAUUUUUGGAUACUUUAAGGAACGAUACGAAUUCGACAUCUUCAGCUGUAAAGAACGAUACAAAGGGACAUGACUUACCAUGGGCGAGAUGGAAAAGAAUUGUGGAAAGCAUCAAUGAUUUUGAGGUGGAAGAUGGUACGAAACCUGCGCCAACGACGGCUUUUCCCAAACUCACUGAGUCGAGCAAUAUGGCUGAAAGAGUAGCCGACGAAAUUACUAACGAAAUUCUGCUCGGGAACGGUCUCUUCAGCAACCUAUUUCUGCAAGAUCCUCUGAUGAUGCGUUUCCAGGAUAUCAGAAGGAAAAGUGUUGACCACCCUUCAGCAUUUGCAUACGGUAAUAGGCCAGAUGAUAAGCACAGCCUAUCUCUCUUUGAUAAAAACGGCAAUGGAGAUUUUGGUGUGCAUUAUGAAAAAACUUCAUCACCAGAUAUGCAGUUCUUUGCCAUGCGUAACUUGAAUGACGAUGAUGCUUUACACCAUGCCAAACCUCACCGUGCAAAUAUUCAGGCAUUUGCUGUGAAUAAGAAGAACAACUACAAUGACGACAACGGUUUCCCUUUUCACGACAAACCUUUACGUAUAGGUGUACAACUUCCUCGCCGAGACAAUCGUGAUAUUCAGAAGAAGCGGAUCUAUGUGAUGCGAAGGUUUUUCCAUUUGUAAAAGUUAAACUUAUAAUUUUUACCAUUUGUAUUCAGAAUUUCCGAAAAGAACUCAAAACUCUAAAGAGAUUUAACAUGAACUAUGACCUCCAAUUUCUAAAAAAUUCAGAAAUAAUUAUAUCUAUAAUUUUGCGGUAUUUAUUUCAACUUAUUUUACGCUUCAAAAGAAUAAUAAUAUGCGCAACAAUUGUAACUAUAGUAACGAUUUAUGACGGGAAAAAAAAAAGUAUUUAUUCUGACAUAAGUAUACUGUUUCUUUUCUUUUUUUUUUUUUUUGAUUAAAGCAACGUUCAUUAAAAUGUUUCUUAUUA